CUGGUGCAGACUGGUUAGCUGUACCGGGCGCACAGCACUGUAGCCUACAAGAGCGGACAGCAUGUCUCAGUAAAAUGGGACAAAAGAUGGUUACGCUUAGCCUACGACGUAACAAGACGACGAUCGACUCUUAAAAUAGUAGAUAAUUUAACACUUGCUGGUGUAGCCAUAUUUCUCUCGACUGGGGAAUUUCUCGUUAGAUGAAACAUCUAGAAAUAAUUUCUAGUUGGCUCACCUACUGCAGAGGAGGAAAACUUGGAGACACGAAGGCGGAUGUAAAUAGCACACGCCGGAUUUCUUUUGACUGAUGAAGCACGCAAAUAGUGUGGAUGAGGUUUUAAUUUACAGUUGAUAGUGUACUAAUGGUAGAACUGGCCCAUAGAAAUGCUGUGUCACAACGGCUCAAGCCUACUUUCUUCCACGCGCACUGUAAACACGGUGCUGGACCACAAUGGCGCUGAUGCUUUCUACCGUAGCAGCCUGAAACACGGACCAAAAUCGACGGCUCCCGAAUCGCGGAGUGGAUCUUGAAGAGAACCUGUGUUAACAGUGAUGUCCACAUAAUCAACCUACAUUCAGCUGCUGGACAUUUCAUGUAACCUCCGUGCACCAAACCGUAUUCUGUACCGUUAUAUGGUGAGGGUGUUGGUAGCAGUUCAUGAUGCCUAUGUAGAUGCCGACUAACAACACAGAAUGUUUACCCUCACAGAAGUUGCCUCUCUCAAUGACAUCCAGCCGACCUACCGAAUCCUGAAACCAUGGUGGGACGUAUUUAUGGAUUACCUGGGCAUUGUCAUGCUGAUGUUGGCAAUUUUUGCUGGGACGAUGCAGUUAACCAAAGACCAAGUAGCAUGCCUUCCCGUCCUGGAGUCCUGGGACGAGUCCGACACUUCUCCAACCCCACGGCCCGAGGAGUUCUCCGACUGGGCUGGGACGGGAGCGGGAGCAGGAGCAGGAGCGGGAACGGGAACGAGCAGAGUGACCCUUGCAGCGGCACCCCUUGCCUCAAAGGACCAACCCGAUAGCGUUGUCCACCAAAUCCACUUCCUCCACUCAGGUGCUGUAGGGCAACCUGAGCCCACAGGGGUUAAAACGAACUUGGACUUCCAGCAGUAUGUCUUCAUCAAUCAGAUGUGUUACCAUGUUGCUCUCCCAUGGUAUUCGAAAUAUUUCCCAUAUCUAGCUCUCAUUCACACUAUAGUACUCAUGGUUAGCAGCAACUUCUGGUUCAAAUAUCCAAAGACCAGCUCGAAAAUUGAGCAUUUUGUCUCAAUUCUGGGAAAAUGUUUUGAGUCGCCCUGGACCACCAAGGCUUUGUCAGAGACAGCCUGUGAGGACUCUGAGGAAAACAAGCAGAGACUGACUGGAGCUUCAUUGUUACCAAAGCAUGUCUCUACGAGCAGUGAAGAGGGAAGUCCAAAUCAGUCGACACCAAUGCUUGCUAAGACUGGUGUUAAGUUCUCAGCUGAAAAGCCUGUUUUCGAGUUUCCAAGUAUGACCAUUUUAGAUAAGAAAGAUGGUGAACAGGCCAAGGCACUUUUUGAGAAAGUGAGGAAGUUCCGUGCACAUGUAGAGGACAGCGACAUGAUCUACAAGAUGUAUGUUGCUCAGACAGUAAUCAAAACAGUGAAAUUCAUUUUAAUUCUUUGCUACACAAUGACAUUUGUUGCGUCCAUUGAUUUCAAACACGUGUGCACACCUAAUAUCAAACACUUGACCGGUUAUGCAACAUUUCACUGCACUCAUAACAUGGCCUUCAUGUUAAAGAAACUGCUUGUAAGCUAUAUUUCCCUCAUAUGUGUCUAUGGCAUGGUUUGCAUAUACACCCUUUUCUGGUUGUUUAGACGACCACUAAAAGAGUACUCCUUCGAAAAAGUUAGGGAAGAAAGCAGUUUUAGUGACAUACCAGAUGUUAAGAAUGACUUUGCUUUUCUGCUGCACAUGGUGGACCAGUAUGACCAGCUAUACUCAAAGCGUUUUGGCGUCUUUCUCUCAGAGGUGAGUGAGAACAAGCUGCGAGAGAUAAGCCUUAACCACGAGUGGACGUUUGAGAAACUACGACAGCAUGUCACUCGAAACACACAAGACAAGCUUGAGCUUCACCUCUUUAUGCUCUCGGGAGUCCCUGAUGCGGUCUUUGACCUCACUGACUUGGAGGUCUUAAAGUUGGAGCUGAUCCCUGAAGCAAGGAUCACAGCGAAGGUAUCACAGAUGAUAAACCUCCAAGAGCUGCACUUUUACCAUUGUCCUGCAAAGGUGGAGCAAACAGCAUUCAGUUUCCUUCGUGACCACCUUCGGUGCCUUCAUGUCAAGUUCACAGAUGUCGCCGAGAUCCCGACCUGGGUGUACUUGCUGAAGAGUUUGAGGGAACUCUACCUGGUGGGUAACUUGAACUCUGAGAACAACAAGAUGAUUGGUUUGGAGUCCCUCAGAGAUCUGCGGCAUCUGAAGAUCUUGCAUCUCAAAAGCAACCUCACCAAAAUCCCAACCAACAUCACAGACCUGUCACCACAUCUCAUCAAGCUGGUGGUGCACAAUGACGGUACAAAACUUUUGGUACUUAACAGUCUCAAAAAGAUGAUCAACCUGGCAGAGCUGGAACUGCACAAUUGUGAACUGGAAAGGAUCCCCCAUGCUAUCUUUAGCUUGACUAACCUCCAAGAGCUGGACUUGAAAUCCAACAACAUCCGCACCAUCGAAGAGAUCAUUAGCUUUCAGCACCUCAAGAGGCUAAUUUGCCUCAAACUAUGGCACAAUAAGAUUAUUAGCAUUCCGCUCUCCAUAAGCCAUGUCAAAAAUCUUGAGUCGCUCUAUCUCUCACAUAACAAGUUAGAUGCUUUACCCAGCCCUCUGUUCAACCUGCUAAAGCUGAGGUACCUGGACGUCAGCCACAACACCGUGGCGAUAAUCCCACCUGAAGUGGGCUUCCUCCUGAACCUCCAAUAUUUUGCCAUCACGGGCAACAAGGUGGAAGUGGUGCCCAAACAGAUGUUCAAGUGCACCAAGCUAAGGACUUUGUGUCUGGGUCACAACUGCAUCUCUACCCUGCCAGACAAAGUGGGCCAGCUGAUGCAGUUGACUCACCUGGAGCUCAAGGGAAACUGUUUGGACCGCCUGCCGGCCCAGCUUGGCCAGUGCCACCUGCUGCGCAAGAGCGGCCUCAUCGUGGAGGACCACCUCUUCGACACGCUUCCCCUGGAGGUUAAAGAGAGUGUCAAUCAGGAAUAGGGAUGCACCAAUUAGCCACUAAAUCACAAAUUUGAUUCUGCUGUCUAAGUGUUAACCAGUACCAAUCAUGAUCCAGCCCUGAGAUCACAAAUGGGAGGAAAGCAUGCCCUGGGCUUGAGUUCAGACAAAGGUUGACAGUAAGCUCAGACUAUGAAAUAAGUCUCCAAUCAUUUGAUUUUUCAUAAAAGAAUGCAUAUUCUGCAGACAUUAUAUGAUAUGAUAUAAUAUUAACAGACAAUAACAAUGUUACUGUCACUUUUGAAAAUGCUCACUUGACAAGUCUCAAUCUGCUGUUUACUUUUGCUGUGCUGCGCAGGCUGUCUGUCACAAAGAAAUGUGCUAUGGCAUGGGUUUUUUUUUUUUUUUUUUUUUUUUUUUUUGUAAUCUCAUACUGAAUCUCCCAAGCACGUAUCAUUGUGGCAGCCUCACAAGCUCACAACAAAGCUCUCAAGUGAUUGGCAUCAACAUAUUGAUCUGAUCUUACAUCAUUCCAACAUUUCAGACUGGCGUUGGUAUCUACUAUGUCAGUAUUGAAUUGGUAAUUGGUGCAUCCUUAAUCAGGAACAGGCUUAGUCUUGCUGUUUGGUUUCGAGUGCAUCUGAGUGGAUGGGGUUUGAGUGCAUGAGUGCACAGAUGACAAACUACCCUCCCUACCGGCGAGUCUCCAGCCACGUUACCAGUGUGAAUGGAGUAUGGACUGUAGGGCAGAGGGCACAGCAGAAAUGAAUGUUUUCCUUACUGCUGGUCAGGUUUUAAACGAAAGCAUGUCAUCCGUAUGAAGUUAAGCUCAGGGCCGAUUUGAUUUUACUUUAAGGAGGAUGUGGGUGUUCUGAGCUUUUAAAAUGAACCCUGAUAGAAUGCUACAGGCAUUCCUCAAGAAACUGGGAAGCAAUGUGUCAGCCAGUGACAUACCAUUGGUACCCUGUCUCAGUGGUUUAACAGAAAAAAAAUCAUAGACAUUUAUGAGUGAAAACAAACAAAAAAUAGAUGUAGUACAAGUAGGUGCCAGGAUUUCCCAUUCUUCUGCUAUUUUUCUUUAUGCAGCCUUUUUUCAUAAUCACUUUUUUUCCUGCCAUAUUACUUGACCAUGUUCAACUACAGUUCUGUAAACAUGUAGCAAUUUAGAGGUACUCUAUAACAUUCUGAACAUUUUUGUUCCAAUCAAAUUUCGUAUCCUAUGCAUGAUAGCAUAAGGUAAACAUGCCAUGGAAACCACCAAACAUUUUAAGCGAUCAAGUCUAUGUUUUUGAGCUCCUUGCUACAGUACGCACAGUUCCUAUUGUGGUGGAGUUAUUGAUUGUAUCUUGUAAUUUCGUUCAGAUGUAACCAGGGAAGACAAAUGCACAACAUCAGAAACCAUCAACCAGCAAUGACUGAUGUGCACACAUUUGUAUAUACUGUAUUGUAUACCAAGUGAAAAAGGAGAUACCACCCUUCCUCCUCUCCUGAUACACCAACAUGGCAUGGUCUUUGCUGCUUACAGGGCCCCAGUGUAUGUGGACCUUUGCUAUCCUGAUAUUUACUCCUUUUAUAUGAUAGCUGCCCGAGCUCAGUUAGUAAACAUGCAUUAAACAUAUUUCUUAAACUCCAAACUCACCUGACACCCUUACGGCUGUUUCAAAACUAUGAAUCACACUUUACACAGCAUGUUGAAACCAUGUUGCCAUUUACUCUGCUUUCAAAGGCCAAGCAUUGGAAUGUGUGUUUUUAGUUAACAGUUGAAGUACCGUAUACAACUGUUUGGCCUUAUUAUCCAUCUUCUCCCCAGUCUUGUCCUCCUGUAUCUGAAUUACUACAGACUAAUUCCAAACCUCUACCACAGGAGGGUGUAGACAUAGAAUGGGUGUAGAAAUACAAUAUUUAUGUGGUGUCUUUGAAGCAGUGUCAAUGUCAUAACAUGUUACAGUUAAGGGAACGACUAUAUUUAAUAAUUCUAAAUCAUUUUCAGCACACCACCCCCCCUCUUGUACUACAUGUCUUGGCACAAUUUGGUGCAUCUAUACUUUGUCCUAAAAAAAAUAAAUGCAUUGGAUGAAAAACAGAAGAAAAUGGUACUGGCUCAAAGUAUUGCAUGCAAAGCCAUAAUCAAGGGAUGUUUCACUUCAGUGUUUAACAUUAAAUAAUACAUUAAAGAGACAGAUGUUGUCACACUGCCACCUCUGAAUGCUGCAAAGGUAAAAGGUCAUUGUGAUUGCAUUUCAUUUUGUUAAAGACGUCUCUCCCCUUACCAGGUCUGUUAGAAAUGGAACUGACCUUGGGAAAUGCUAAAACAAAAGGUAUACUUAUAUUUUGGAAAAUGUUUUAAUAUAUUAUAGAGGAAUGUUGCAAAAAUUACUCUUAGGUAGGAUAUUUGGUAAAUUGUUAUUUACGUGCAUAUUUUUGAGUAUUGUUAUCAUGUAUGUUUUUUUUUCUCCCCUUUAUUAAGUUAAUGUCUCCAAUUUUUUAACUAAGCUGCCUCUUUUUAACUUUCUUUUAUAAUGUAAAGUGAUUCAUUUCUAAACCAAUGUUUUAACUUUCAGUUGUACACCUAAAUGAAAUCAAUAAAAGCAGAUGUUGUAACAUCGAUUCCAACUAACA